AAUUAAAUCGCUUGACGCUGUAGCCGCGCAGGGCGGGCCCGCGAGAAACCGCACCCUGGGGAACGCGUGCGCACUGCACCUACCGGGCAUGUACCGCGGGCUCCGCAGACAGUCGCAGGCCCAGCAUCCCCGUGACCGAGGAGCCCAUCAGGGAGCCCGGCAGGGGCUCGCCCGGCCGCUUUUCCCCACUUCCCUGCAGUCGCCGCCGGCUGGGGAGCGAGAGCGUGGAGCGGGGGCAGCCUCAGCCGUCGCCGCCCCCCCUCCAUGGCGAUCCAGGACUUGUGCAGCGCGGGCGGCUCGGAGCCCUUCUGGGAUUGGAACUUGACCUGGCACACAGAAAAUCCAGAUUUCACUAAGUGCUUUCAGAAUACUAUCCUUGUCUGGGUGCCUUGCAUUUACCUGUGGGUUUGCUUCCCAAUAUACUUCCUGUACCUCCGUUGUCAUGACAGGGGCUAUAUCCAAAUGUCUCAUUUCAACAAAGCCAAAACAGCCUUGGGCUUACUAUUGUGGAUAAUCUGCUGGGCAGACCUUUUCUACUCUUUCUGGGAAAGAAGUCAAAAUAUUUUCCGACCUCCAGUUUUUAUUAUUAAUCCUACAGUUUUGGGCAUAACAAUGUUGCUUGCCACAUUUUUAAUACAAUAUGAGCGAAUGAAAGGAGUCCAGUCUUCAGGCGUAAUGUUGAUUUUCUGGUUCACCGCAUUGCUGUGUGCCACAAUAAUUUUCAGGUCCAAAAUACUGCACGCCUUAAACCUGGAUGCUGAAGUUGAUGUAUUUCGUUACGUUACCUUCUACAGCUACUUUGUCCUGGUGCUAAUACAGCUUAUACUGUCCUGCUUCCCAGAACGACCGCCUCUGUUUUCUGAAGCAGUUAAUGAUCCUAAUCCCUGCCCAGAAUCUAGCGCAUCCUUCCUUUCCAAAAUUACAUUCUGGUGGAUUACUGGGCUGAUGAUUCAGGGAUAUCGGCGACCAUUGGAAGCUAAAGAUUUGUGGUCAUUAAACAAAGAGGACACAUCUGAGGAGGUAGUGCAAGGUUUGGCUAGGUACUGGGCGAAGGAGUGUGCAAAUACAAAGAAGCAACCCAUAAAAAUGGUGUAUUCACCCAAAAAGCAAAUGAAAUCAAGCAACUCAAAUGGCGAUGUGACAGAAGAAGUUGAAGCUUUGAUUGUAAAACCAUCUCAAAGGAACUCUGCACCUUCUUUGUUGAAAGUGUUGUAUAAAACCUUUGGACCGUACUUCCUCAUGAGCUUCCUGUUUAAAGCCUGUCAUGAUCUUAUGAUGUUUUCUGGCCCGGAAAUCUUAAAGUUGUUAAUUAAUUUUGUGAACAAUGAAGAUGCCCCAAAUUGGCAAGGCUAUCUGUACACAGGGCUUCUGUUUGCAUGUGCCUGUCUGCAGACUCUGAUCCUCCACCAGUACUUCCAUAUUUGCUUUGUUACGGGAAUGAGGCUUAAAACAGCUGUCAUUGGUGCAGUCUAUCGCAAGGCAUUGGUUAUCACAAAUUCUGCAAGAAAGACCUCUACUGUUGGGGAGAUUGUAAAUCUAAUGUCUGUGGAUGCUCAGAGGUUCAUGGACUUGACUACCUAUAUAAACAUGAUUUGGUCUGCGCCUCUGCAAGUUAUAUUAGCAUUGUAUUUAUUAUGGCAGAAUUUAGGUCCUUCCGUCCUAGCAGGUGUGGCAGUCAUGAUCCUUUUGGUUCCAGUAAAUGCUGUGAUGGCAAUGAAGACAAAAACAUAUCAGGUAGCCCAUAUGAAGAGUAAAGACAACAGAAUUAAGCUGAUGAAUGAAAUUCUCAAUGGAAUUAAAGUGCUGAAACUUUAUGCUUGGGAAUUAGCCUUCAAAGAGAAAGUAUUGGGGAUCAGACAGGAAGAGCUGAAAGUGCUUAAAAAGUCUGCUUACCUUGCAGCAGCGGCUACGUUCACUUGGGUGUGCGCUCCUUUUCUGGUUGCUUUAUCCACCUUUGCUGUUUAUGUACUGGUAGAUAAGAACAAUGUCUUAGAUGCUCAGAAAGCUUUUGUUUCCUUAGCCUUAUUCAACAUCCUCAGGUUCCCACUGAAUAUUCUUCCUAUGGUCAUCAGCAGCAUGGUACAAGCAAGUGUUUCCUUAAAGCGUCUCAGGUUAUUUCUCUCGCAUGAAGAGUUAGAGCCUGAUAGCAUAAUCAGAGGUUCUGUCAAAGAUGCUGAAGGAAGCAUUAUUGUGAAGAAUGCAACAUUUAGUUGGUCAAGAAAUGAUCCUCCCUCACUGAAUGACAUUAAUUUCAUUGUCCCUGAAGGCUCUCUGAUUGCCAUUGUUGGACAGGUUGGCUGUGGAAAGUCGUCUUUGUUGUCUGCCCUUCUAGGAGAGAUGGACAAGAAGGAAGGAUAUGUGGCUGUCAAGGGCUCAGUUGCCUAUGUUCCUCAACAAGCCUGGAUACAGAAUGCAGCUCUGAAGGACAAUAUUAUCUUUGGGAGGGAGAUGAAAGAGAGCCACUAUAAACAUGUGAUUGAGGCUUGUGCACUUCUACCUGACAUAGAGAUUCUUCCUACAGGAGACAGAACAGAAAUAGGGGAAAAGGGUGUGAAUCUCUCUGGAGGACAGAAGCAGAGAGUCAGCCUAGCUCGGGCAGUUUACUGUAACACCGAUGUCUAUUUAUUUGAUGAUCCUUUAUCAGCUGUUGAUGCCCAUGUUGGGAAGCAUAUUUUUGACAAAGUUAUUGGACCAAAGGGAAUCCUGAAAAACAAAACUCGGGUUUUGGUAACUCAUGGAGUCAGUUAUCUGCCUCUCAUGGAUACAAUUAUAGUGAUGACUGAUGGUAAAAUAUCAGAGAUGGGAUCUUACCAAGAGCUGUUAAAGCAAGACGGGGCCUUUGCAGAGUUUCUUCGUACAUAUGCUAACGCUGACCAGGAUGUGGAGAAUGGAGAUGCAAACAGCCCAACUCUGAAAGAAGGAAAGCAUAUGGAAAAUGGUGUUCUCGCAAAUGAAGCAACAGGAAAACCGAUACGUAGACAACUUAGUAACUCAUCAACGUACAGUGGAGAAACAGGGAAGUCUUUGAACCAGGCUAGUACAACAGAGCUUCAGAAGGCACCAGCAGAAAAGAAUGCUUGGAGACUUACGGAGGCUGACACAGCAAAGACUGGGAGGGUAAAGGCGACCAUGUACUGGGAAUAUAUGAAAGCCAUUGGACUCUUUAUCUCUUUUCUGAGCAUCUUCCUUUUUAUUUGUAACCAUACAGCCGCCCUGGCUUCCAACUACUGGCUAAGUUUAUGGACAGACGAUCCCAUUAUUAAUGGGACUCAGCAGUACACGCACGUCCGGCUAGGAGUGUAUGGAGCACUGGGAAUGUCUCAAGGUAUUGCUGUGUUUGGCUACUCAAUGGCUGUGUCAAUAGGGGGGAUAUUUGCCUCACGACACCUACACAUUGGCCUGCUUCACAGUGUCCUUAGGUCUCCAAUGAGUUUUUUUGAACGAACACCCAGUGGAAACUUAGUGAACCGGUUCUCUAAAGAGAUGGACACCAUAGACUCUGUGAUUCCUCAGAUAAUCAAAAUGUUCAUGGGCUCACUGUUGAACGUCAUGGGGGCCUGCAUCAUCAUUCUCUUGACUACACCAAUAGCUGCCAUCAUCAUUCCGCCGCUGGGACUUGUCUACUUCUUUGUGCAGAGAUUUUAUGUGGCCACCUCUCGUCAGCUGAAACGUCUUGAAUCUGUCAGCCGCUCUCCAGUGUAUUCUCACUUUAACGAGACUCUCCUGGGUGUCAGUGUCAUUCGAGCCUUUGAGGAGCAGACGCGUUUCAAACAGCAGAGUGACUUAAAAGUGGAUGAAAAUCAGAAAGCGUACUUUCCCAGCAUUGUUGCAAACAGGUGGCUGGCUGUCCGGCUGGAAUGUGUGGGGAACUGUAUAGUCUUCUUUGCGGCGCUGUUUGCAGUGAUUGCUCGCAAUAGCCUCAGCCCUGGAUUAGUUGGACUGUCAGUGUCCUAUUCAUUGCAGGUUACAACAUACUUAAACUGGCUGGUUCGCAUGUCAUCUGAGCUGGAAACUAACAUUGUCGCUGUGGAAAGAGUCAAAGAAUACUCUGAAAUGGAGAAAGAGGCUCCAUGGUGUACUGAGCAAACUGCUCCACCAAACAGCUGGCCUCAUGAAGGCAAAGUGGAGUUCAGAGGCUAUGGCUUACGUUACCGGGAGGACUUGGAUUUAGUUUUGAAAAACAUAAAUGUUACUAUAAACGGAGGAGAGAAGGUGGGAAUAGUUGGAAGAACAGGUGCUGGAAAAUCCUCCCUUACUCUGGGUUUAUUUCGAAUCAAUGAAUCAGCAGAAGGAGAGAUUAUUAUUGAUGGAGUUAACGUGGCAAAAAUAGGGCUCCAUGACUUGCGGUUCAAGAUCACCAUUAUUCCCCAGGAUCCAGUAUUAUUUUCUGGCUCUCUGCGUAUGAAUCUUGACCCUUUUGACAAAUACUCUGAUGAAGAAAUUUGGAUGUCUUUGGAAUUGGCUCACUUGAAAAAUUUUGUUUCGUCUCUUCCUGAUAAACUUAAUCAUGAGUGUUCUGAAGGUGGGGAGAAUCUAAGUGUCGGACAGCGUCAGCUGGUGUGCCUCGCUCGGGCUCUACUUCGAAAGUCCAAAAUCUUGGUUUUAGAUGAAGCCACUGCUGCUGUUGAUCUUGAAACUGAUAACCUUAUACAGUCAACAAUAAGGACUCAAUUCGAAGACUGCACUGUUUUAACUAUAGCACAUCGUCUAAACACUAUUAUGGACUAUGAAAGAGUUAUAGUCCUUGAUAAAGGUGAAAUUGUGGAGUGUGAUUCCCCAGCCAAUCUACUUCAGAAGAAAGGCAUUUUCUAUAGUAUGGCCAAAGAUUCGGAUUUGGUAUAAUACAAGAACUUAGCUUGUAUGUGUGGGG